AUGAUACUUGUGAGUUUUUUGGCGAUGCUGUUACUCUGCUUACUCUGCCCUGUACAGUGCUUGAAUUCGGCAUUAAAAUCUGCUCAUCGAUCGUCGAGGCAAUUAGAUAAUUCCUACGGAAGUCCAAGCUACAAGCACUGCGAAUGCGGGAGAUCAAAUUCCCGCGGAGGGCAGGCGGGCUACACAAGAGUGGUUGGCGGCGUCAAGGCAUCGCCGAAUGAAUUUCCCUGGAUGGCGAUGGUCGUCGCUAAUGGUUCCAAUCUUGUCUGCGGCGGUUCCCUGAUAAACGAUCGCUACGUCCUUACGGCAGCACAUUGUUUGGCGUUGGGUUUUAGUAAAGCAGAGACAAAGGUGGCGCUUGGUGAGCAUGAUCGAUGCACGGCUGACUCUCGCACAGUGAUACUUUCCGUUGAAAAGUUUUAUCCGCAUCCACAAUUCCAAGAGGACACGAACCACGCUGACGCAAUGCUCAUUCGGCUGAACAUGAGAGUCACAUUCAACGAGUUCAUCAGGCCGAUUUGCUUGCCGAAAAUGAUACUGCAACGAAGCACGGCCUCACGGUUUGGCGGAAAGGUGGCCUUCACACUGGGCUGGGGCCGCGCUGACCAUGGUGUAACAGUCUGCUCGCUGCGGGUCGUAGCUUUGGAAAUUUAUGAGACACAAUCCUGUCCUACCAAAAUACCAACGCUACUCUGUGCCGGAUCCCGCCAAGCUGCGGGUCGCGACGCUUGUCAAGGAGACAGCGGUGGUCCUCUGCAAGUCCGGAAUAAAGAUCGGAAAUUUGAAUUAAUCGGAAUCGUAUCAAAUGGUAUUGGAUGUGGCAACCAGGAUUUCCCCGGACUUUACACGGACGUUCCUCGACUUCUUCCGUGGAUCCUUAAAGUUACGUCGGAAGAUUCAAUGUACUGUUGGCCAUUUUUUUACAGCAACCUUGCCUUGGCUAUGCUAUUGCCGUAUUGCCGUAAGGACAAAUGGAAUAAGAAGAUGCAGAGAGGGGACGGAUCUCGAGGGAGUCAUCAACUCGGCGCAGUUAUUCGCCACAUUAGCACCAUGAAACGGAGUGCAGCGUUAUUCGCGAUAUGGUCUUUGCUGAUACAUCAGGUGGUCGAGUCCCGGAAAACUUUGCAGCCUAAAGUCAUUGAUCCGGAAUGUGAGUGCGGAGUUUCCGGCGAAGGAGUCGGCAACCGAAUCGUGGGUGGAGUAAUAUCGGUGCCGCACACUUUCCCUUGGGUCGCAGCGAUCUUCAACAGAGGUUCUCUGCACUGCGGCGGAACCCUGAUCAACGACCGAUACAUCCUUACUGCCGGGCACUGCGUGAAAUGGACAAACCAGAACGAUCUAUCCGUAUGGCUUGGAAUCCACGACAUCGAGAAUCGCGAUGGAGGCGUCGUGUCGCCCAUCGAACAAGUGAUUCUUCACGAUGGGUUCAGGAGCGAUUUCCUGCACGACACGAACGACAUCGCUCUGAUUAAACUCAAGUACCCCAUACGGUACAACGAGAACAUCAAACCAGUUUGUCUGCCUCACAGAGAAUCGGACUACACCAAUCACAAGGUCAGUGCUACCGGAUGGGGCAGAGUCACCACCUCUGGUAAUGCUUCCAGAUUCCUCCGUCAAGCUGAUCUGAAAGUUAUGCCCUGGUCCGACUGUCGUAAUACGUCGUUCGGCAACCAUCUCACCAAGUCUAUGCUCUGUGCGUACAAUGACGACACGGACGCCUGUCAGGGCGACAGCGGCGGCCCGCUGCUCUUCAAAAGACAGGACGACAAGUAUGAAAUCGUUGGGGUUGUCUCUUGGGGUAUAGGAUGUGCCAGACGUGGCAUGCCGGGUAUUUACGUCAAGACUACCGACUACCUGGACUGGAUAACCGCUAGAACCACAACCGCGAUAUAUUGCGCCGAUAAUUAGUUGGAUAGAAGUUUAAUGAUCGAUGCGACACGUAAAAGUGUGAAAUAGUACCUAUUGUUGUUGUGAUGGUUAAUAGUGUCAAGAGAAUACAUUUAGGCCAAUAUCAAGUGUUUUUAUCAGACGGUUAGGCGUGGCGGUGGCGACAAGCUUUUGGGUUUCCUUGAAGUGGCUGCAAAGAGAAGUACAGGACGAGAACAGUGCUAGAAAUUAAAAUGGUAACCAGGAAUGUGGAAUCAUAUUCAUGCAUAGACAAAAUUCUGUGUUGACUGUGACAAUAAUAAAGAUAUUAUGAGAAUAGUACGAAAAAACAAAGACGUUCUGAGCAUUGCGCUUAAAUUUUACACGGGGUAAGCUACAAACAUUGAGCAAAGUUCGGUACCGUCUCUUUAUCGUCUCCUGACGUCGUUAACGCAAUUGCUACGGUAUACAUUUUCAAUCUUGUUUUACGACCAGCCUUAUGAAUUUCACGUCACCUUGAUAACUCCUCAGACGCCUCUUACACCAGAAGUUGCUGAUUAAAAACAUAAUAACAAAUACACACAGCUAUAUAAAAGAAUAUUAAGUGAAUCAAAUGAAAAUUUAUGAUCAGUGUUCAUUAUUGAAACCACGGUAGCGUAAAAAUCACCAACCAAAACGAAAGUCGCAUUCGUGCAUUCGGCUACCACAUAAUAAAUUCUCAGGUAACGAUAUUUUGGUCGCUUGGAACGAGUAAUUUCAAUUUUCUCCGGUUCUCAAAUCCACGAAUAUAAAAAUAAUGGCAAGUCAAAUUUUCUUAUUGAAUUUAUUUGUAGGACUAAUAAUCGAGUCGCACGUUUCAAGUUCACUAGCAGUUAUAAAUAUUAUUAUAGACUCUUGUACAGAUACAUCAUUACAAGCAAAUUUCGUAUCAUAACUUUUUGCAGCCGAGUCUAAAAAACUGGUAACUGUUCAGUAGAAAGUAAGCCAAAUUGGAAAUAAGUUUUUAAGUCCAAAAGAGAUCUUUUUCUUAUUCAAUGCAGAGAAUUUCUCUUCAUU